AUGGAGCCGCUGGAGGAGUACCACUCUCCUUUUGACUUUGAGCAAGGAGUCAACACCAGCUUCCUCUACCUCUCCCCGGCUUACAGCGACACGCCGCCCAGCUCGCCAGCUGUCAAAACCAGAGGUUUCCACAAGCGUCCGGACUACACACCUGAGCUGGGAGAGGAUGCAGCGACGUCCGGCGGCCCGCCAUCUCCUCUCCCCACCAUGACUGAAGAGGAGCAUCAGGAGCUGCAAGAGGAGCUGGCCAAGGUAGAAGAGGAGAUCCAGACUCUGUCUCAGGUGCUGGCAGCCAAAGAGAGGCGCGUGGCAGAUAUAAAGAGGACGCUGGGCAUCACGCCGCUGAACGAGCUGAAACAGAACAUCACCAAAACAUGGCAGGAGGUCACCACCUCUACCGCCUACAAGAAGACGUCUGAAACUUUGUCUCAGGCCGGCCUAAAAGCUACAGCUGCCUUCUCCAACAUGGGCUCGGCCAUCAGCAGGAAGCUGGAGGACGUCAGGAACGCACCAACCUUCAAGUCGUUUGAGGAGAGGGUGGAGACGCUGAAGAUUAAGAUCACCCCCACCGGUGGUCCCAGUAACCAGGACGGCGACGUUCCUCAGACCUCGGAUUCUUUGAUCCACGAGGCCGAGGACCCCCCCACCCAGGACCGGCCGACGCACUGAGACGACCCCUCACCUCUCCGUAACUCUCGUGUGCCAGUCUCCGUCUCUGCAUCGGAAACAGACGACUCCCAGCCUUCGCCCUAAUCGUUAGCCCUCUUCUCCCGACACGUGCGCUCGCUGCUUAGCUUUGGGAGAAAGUGAAACCACGCGACGGGUUCGUGCACGUGGUUUCAUGUCCGCCGCGUUUAUUAAGACUCUCCAGACGUGGAGUUUCUUUCUUUCUUUUCGUGGCACUCCGUUUUUCUGUCGUCACCAGACGUGCUGUAGACCAUGUUCAGUUAACGCUCGAGUAGGAAGAUUGCACAUUUCUAUUAGAAUUAUUCACGCUUCAGUUUUCUUUGUGUCGGGAGUUCUUGUUAUAAAACGUGUCAUUCUUCUCCAGUCUUGGUUUACGUUGGUUUAUCCUUUACCGGCACGGGUGGUUUCAUUAUUGCGGUGGUUAUAAAUGUGCCUUUUUUCUUUUUUGUGCAUCAUUCGAACAACAGCUCAGCUUCAUCUGUUUCUGUGAUACCACUGAGGAGUUUCAGAUCCACACU